UUAUGAUAAUGAUGACGAUAAUGAUCAUGAUAAUGAUAACGAUAAUGAUAAUGAUAAAGAUAAUGAUAAUACUAACGAUAAUGCUAGUUAUACGGAAAACACAACUAUUGAAUGCCGUGAAAACUACUUAAGAUCGACAGAAAGUGAACUGCUCAAUCAAUCUGUGAAUAAUAGUUAUCAAUUAAUGGAAAACUGUACAAACGAAAUGAUAGAAAAAGUUGCUAUUUACAUGGAGAUAGAAAAGCUAUUACUGCAGAAGUGCGAAAAUGCUGAACCAUUAGAAGUUCAUCAACAGUACGCGGAUGGUUUUAAUCACUGCCUUGAAUUAUACAGACCUCUAAAAGCAGGUGGAUUUGAUCGUGCUAGCGGCGCUGCAGUUGGUUUAUCUAAUGCGAUACAAAUGAUCAACAAGUAUUGUGCGAAACUACCUAGUGAUACUUUCACUAAAUUGACGCCACUUUGGCGAAAAGCGAAAACUGUGCGCAACGGUAAUGAACUCUAUCAGUACACCAUUCGGAUGCCUAUCAAUUCCCCUCUCAAAGAAGACAUUCUGGGUUUGCCCAUGCCGACAGAAAUAUUGGCCAGAAGGAUGGCAGCUUAUAUCGCCUGCAAAGUACUGCAUAGCGCCGGAGAAUUGGACAGCUCAUUACAACCAAUAGGGAAGGAAUCGUUUCGUGCGUUUGAGGCGGAUUGGGAGGAAUUUGAAUUGGAGAGUAAUGAUGCACAGAUCGUCAGUGAAAAUUCUGAGCCUCGACCAGGAACAACUAAACGCCGACAGUAUUACUACAAAAGAAUUGCUUCCUCAUUUUCAAAUUGUCGUCCUACAAUCGGUUCUAAAGUUUAUCUUUAUCAUAUCGAUAUGACAUUACAAUGUCCCAUUCCAGAGGAACAGAACACUCGUGGUCGCAGGAUUUAUCCUCCAGAGGAAUCCCCUCAGGGUUUUGGUAUUCUAACUACAAAACUAAUACCAAAGGUUAGCUCGUUCCCAAUUUUUACUCGAUCUGGUGAAGUUAAAGUAGCAUUAAAUUUAUGCACAGAGCAAACCAUACUUAAUGAAGAUCAGCUAAACAAAAUCAAUCUGUUCAUCAACUACACAUUCACAAAAGUACUGCGGCUACAAAAGUAUCUUAUGUUGUACGAUUCAAAAGCUACGGAAAAUUGCUUUUUCAUUGUUCCUACAAUUACGCGACAAAAUGCAGUUCACGUUGACUGGGAGUUUGUCGAUGUGAUUGCUCAAAGUGUUGAGAAAAUGCCUAGUUUUAUACCUAACGAAGAGCGGAGGAACUAUUCUUUUGACAGCAAUCAGUUUAAAGAUGCGGUAGUUAUGCCAUGGUAUCGCAAUCAAGAUCAACCACAAUACUUUUACGUUGCGGAAAUAUGCUACCAUUUGUCCCCGAAAAGCUCUUUUCCAGGCCUUAACUACACUACUUUCGAGGAAUAUUACUUUAAAAAGUACGAUAUCCAAAUACAAAACUGCAAACAGCCUUUGUUGGAUGUGGAUCAUACAAGUGCAAGAUUGAACUUUCUGACACCUAGAUAUGUUAAUCGUAAGGGAGUAGCACUUCCUACCAGCUCAGAGGAAACGAAACGAGCAAAGCGAGAAAAUCUCGAACAAAAACAGAUUUUGAUUCCGGAGCUUUGCACAAUUCAUCCUUUUCCAGCCUCUCUUUGGCGAGCAGCCGUGUGUCUACCAUGUAUUUUAUACAGAAUAAACGCAUUGCUACUAGCGGAUGAAAUUCGGAAAGAAGUAGCACAUGACCUUGGUCUGGGUGCUACCAAUAUCUCCGAUGAAAACUUUGAAUGGCCGAUACUCAAUUUUGGUUGGAGUCUAGCAGAUGUUUUGAAAAAAUCGAGGGAAGCUAAAUUAAUGGCUACGAAACAACCAAAAGAUGUUGAAAAUGUUCCAACUGCCGUUUCUAUAGCAUCCAGCGAAGAGCAACUGGAUGAAGAACGACAAUGCAACCAAGAAGAAGAGAAUAAUGUAAAACAAUCUGAUGAUUCGCUUGAUUUGAAGACAGCAAACGAUUUACUCGAAGAAGCAGACAAUAAACUUAAAGCAGAAGGAUUCCAGAUUGGUACAUGGUCGAAUGAAAUGGCAACUGAUAUUCAAUCAAAUAUAGGUGACGGUGAAGACUGGGGUUUACCAUCAAAUAUUGAUAUGUGUUCAAGCAACAGAACCAAUAUACGUUAUAGUUCUCCUACAUCCUGGGAUGUUACUGGGAAAGAGAUAUCGGAUGACAAUCGGUACUAUAGUGAUUCGGAAUCAUUUAUAUCGGAUGAUGAGUUUGAAAGUGCUGCUAUAGACGAUGACGAUGAGCAAAAUUGUGGCCUUAAAAUUCAAUUUAAAGAGAAUGUAGCAGAAGCAAUAGAGACUGAAUGUAGCAUCAUCAAACGUCAAAAACAAUUGGACAUAAUAAAUAGAACUAAUUUGAACGAACGGAUUUAUCAGAAUUCAAAAAAUACAACAAGCGGUUUUAAUUGUAUCAGUCCCGCGAACAUGAAUACUAGGUUACGAUUUCACGUCGAUCAAUUUGAAAAAUCUACUAAUGAGUUCAAAGAGAAAAUUAAAAAUUCCGGCACAUUGGUAAAAUUUAAUGAGCCACUAUCUGCAGAAAUUUUAUUGAAAAACUCUAGUUCUGAGGCAGCAUCACGCCAUAGUGAUAUUUAUGAUUUAUUUCCAUAUGCAUCGAAAACCCAAGUAGAUUCUUUUUUAUUGAUUGCCAGUGAUGGAUCAAAAGUUAUGAAUCUCGAUGGUUUUUACGAAAUCAACAGGCAGUAUUUUCCUGAGGAAUAUUCCAUUAUCGGCACUGGAGAUUUAUUUGAUACGUUCAAUGAUCAGCAUUUAGUUACGGUGGACGAACAAGGCAUUAAAAAAAUAUUACUAAAUAUUACCAACCCUUUUACAAAAGAUGUGAAACCAGCGGACGUCAAUAUCGAGAACAAACGGGCUGAUCUUUCUAUAUAUCAACCACAAAGUGAAAGAUCUCAUGAUGAUGAUGACAAUAUAAAAGCAUUCAGCUUUGACUCUCAGCCUGAUUUGAACAACCAUCCAGGACCAAGUCCCAGCAUAAUUCUUCAGGCACUAACAAUGUCCAAUGCUAACGAUGGUAUUAAUCUGGAACGCCUUGAAACAAUCGGAGAUUCAUUUUUAAAAUAUGCGAUUACCACCUAUUUGUAUUGUACUUAUGAAAAUGUCCAUGAAGGAAAAUUAAGUCAUUUGCGAUCGAAGCAAGUAUCAAAUUUGAAUUUAUAUAGGUUGGGAAGACGGAAAGUUCUAGGAGAAAAUAUGAUUGCUACAAAAUUCGAACCUCAUGAUAAUUGGUUACCACCAUGCUACUAUGUGCCAAAACAACUAGAACAAGCUCUUAUAGAUGCUAAGAUACCCGCUUGCCAUUGGAAUUUAGCAGACUUGCCAAAUAUUAAGCAACUUUCCAGUGACGAGAUUUGUAAGCUAGUAAAAGAACGUGCCCAAUCUCUUGGACUUCUUGAUGAUAGUAAUAAUGAGGAGGGUGAGCAGAUGAAAGAAAUCCAGCAACUGGAAAAACGUAAUGACGAAUACAUAAAAAAUUCGGAAUAUUUUGCUUGCUUCAUACCAUACAACUUGGUUACUCAACAUAGCAUCCCGGACAAAUCUGUAGCUGACUGCGUCGAGGCUUUAAUAGGUGCCUAUCUAAUAGAAUGUGGCCCGAGAGGAGCGUUGCUCUUGAUGGCGUGGCUUGGAAUAAGAGUACUACCAGUUUAUGAAAUACCCUUUGAAGCGAAUCAAAGUCGUAUUCCUGGAAGUACUUCUAGCUAUGAAAGAGAUGGAAUAAAAUUACAAUCUGUAUACGGCUAUUGGACUCCUCCCAGAUCACCACUAUUAACGUACGCUUUUAAUCCAGAAGCAACUUUAGAACACCUUCUUGAUGGUUACGAUGCAUUUGAGGAUUCCUUAGGUUAUCAUUUCAAAGACCGUUCUUACUUGCUGCAGGCUAUGACUCAUGCUUCUUACUGUCCGAAUCGUUUGACUGAUUGCUAUCAACGAUUAGAGUUUCUUGGGGAUGCCGUUCUGGAUUAUCUGAUUACACGUCACUUGUAUGAAGACCCAAGACAGCAUUCACCAGGAGCUUUAACUGAUUUACGUUCUGCUCUAGUCAAUAACACAAUUUUUGCAUCGCUAGCCGUCCGACACGAGUUCCACAAAUUCUUCAGACACCUUUCGCCAGGUUUGAACGAAGUAAUUGAUCGAUUUGUGAGGAUCCAACAAGAAAACGGUCACAGCAUUAGUGAGGAGUAUUAUCUUAUGCUGGAAGAUGAAUGUGAUGAGGCAGAAGACGUCGAGGUACCAAAAGCUUUAGGCGAUGUGUUCGAGUCUGUUGCGGGUGCAAUUUUCCUAGACUCAAAUAUGUCUUUAGAUGCAGUAUGGAAGGUAUACCGCAGUAUGAUGGGACCAGAAAUUGAGCAAUUUAGCAACUCAGUUCCGAAGUCACCUAUUAGGGAACUCUUAGAACUAGAACCUGAAACCGCUAAAUUUGGAAAACCGGAGAAAUUGGCAGAUGGUCGAAGAGUCCGUGUAAUGGUUGAAGUAUUUGGAAAAGGAACAUUCCGUGGCAUCGGCCGCAAUUACCGCAUUGCCAAGUGUACCGCUGCAAAAUGUGCUUUACGACAGCUUAAAAAACAGGGUCUGAUAAACAAACGUCGCUAGGAUAAUAAUGGAAAUGACUAAAACUCAGAAAGACUGUUCAAUGUGUAAGUCGUGGAUGUAAUUGUUCUAAUUCAAAUCCACUGUUAGCCUAAUUAAUGCAGUAUUGUUAAGUAUAUCUAGUCAUAUUUCUCGUGUUUUAUUGAAUUAUAGAUAUCGUUAUCAUGUUUUCUUUACAUUGUUCAUGGUGGCUGUAGAUAUGUGUUUGAAGCUGUGUAAUAAGGUCAGAUGAAUAGGUACGUCACUGCAGAAACAAAAGAGUGUUUCCCUCGUCUUAGUUAAGAAACAAGUCGGGAAACAAAUUUGGACUUGGCAUGCUUUAAUAAUUUUAAGAUAUGUACUUUCAAAAAUUUUAUAAUUUACUCCUGAAUAUAUUGCUCUUUUGAAUGCAGAUGAAAGAAAAUGGUCGAAAAAAUUCCGUGGGUUAUAGACCCCCCCCUAGAAAUAAGCACUAGUUCCGCUAAUGGUUGUUAUUAGUUCCCAUCUUCGUCUUCAUCCAAGAUUCCAUCUUCUAUAAUUAUAUUCUCGUUGUCGAUUGAAAAGAAAAAAAAAGAAGAGAUUGAGGGUUUUAGUCAGUUUGUUGGUUGUUUUAGGAUUAUUUAUGUUAGGAAAUAGAGAAGAAGAAGACGUAGAAGAAAAAAACAUAUCGCAGAUUCAAAUUGGUUAAAAAAAGAAGUGGUCUGGCCGGCGAGCGAGGCAGCGUGUGCUUUAAUACUAGAUCCUAAGAUUCACUGAAGUCAUCUUGAAUAGAAUAUAGAAUCAUAGAAACUCAGCCCAUAUAAGAUACUAAAUAAGAGGCAGAGCUUCCAUUCGCUUCCUGGAAGUAAGCCCCCAAAGGCUGAUCUACCAAGCCCAGGGCUUAUUGUAAAAUUAUUUAUGAAAAUUAUGAUUUAAGUCUUUAAAAAAGAAACAUUGCCUACUUUUAUAGCGAUUUGUAUUACACAAAUUUAGUACGCAUAUGCUGCUGGUACCGUCCUAUCAGUUUCAUAACGGAAAGUGCUAUGUCAAUAAAAGGCGACUGCAAUUAUUACUU